AUGGGGAAGUGCGAGUUCGAUUCUGCGGACAGCCCGAAGUGUUGGGGAGACUUCAACAUCAACACAGAUUACAACGAGACCAUCCCGGAGACCAAUGUCACCCGAGAAUACUGGCUUGAGGCUACAAAUCACACAGGCUCGGCCGACGGUAUUGAUCAUCUCAUCCACUCGAUCAAUGGAACAGUUCCCGGACCUACAAUACAUGCGGACUGGGGAGACUGGGUCGUUGUUCAUGUGACCAACAAGCUGGCCAAUAACGGCACGAGCAUUCACUGGCACGGCAUCCGUCAACUUCUGACUUCGCAAGAGGACGGUGUUGUUUUCAUCACUCAGUGCCCAACUGCUCCUGGUGAUUCUAUCACAUACAUGUGGCGUGCGACACAUCAGUAUGCUCUACAAGCAUGGAACGGUGUGUUUGGUGGUAUCGUCAUCAACGGACCCGCCACUACUCCUCACGACGAAGACAAAGGUAUUCUAUUUUUAAACGAUUGGCACCACACAACUACCGACGCUCUUUGGCAGAUAGCCGAGACCCCAGGUCUUCCUCCGCCAGCCGCCAAUGCACUGAUCAACAGCACCAAUAUCUACACGAACAAGACCUCAGGCGACAUGACUGGCGCACGAUUCGAGACUACCUUUACCAGCGCUGCUCAUCAUCGACUCCGCGUCAUCAACGGAGCCAUUGACAGCCACUUCAAGUUCUCGAUUGACGGCCAUAACAUGACCGUCAUUGCGAACGAUUUAGUUGCUAUCGAGCCAUUCACCACUGCCGUCCUGAGUGUGGGUAUUGGCCAGCGCUACGAUAUAAUUGUAGAGGCUAAUCAGGCUGUCGGGGACUAUUGGACGAGAGCAGCUAUCGAUACGUUCUACAGUGCUACCAAUGAGAUGCAGGAUAACAUUCUGGGUGUUGUCCGCUACGAUCCCUCGUCUACCGCUGAUCCCGAGUCCACUGCUUACGCCUGGACCGACGACUGCGUCGACGAGGACAUGGACAAUCUGGUUCCUCAUCUCCAAAUCGAUGCCGGUGCGUCUAGCGUAAUAAAAGCCUUUGAUGUCGCCCUUGACUUCAGUACUGGAGUGACGCGCUGGACUAUCAACGGCACGAGUUUUCGCUCUGGGUGGGAGGAGCCGACGCUGGAGCAAGCCAUGGACGAUGUUGCAGUCUUUGAGGACGCUCAGCAGGUCGUACGAUUUGAAGUUGUGGACGAGUGGGUCUACUUUGUCAUCGAGUCUACUCUCGCUAUUACUCAACCUGUUCAUCUUCAUGGACACGAUUUCUUUGUUUUGGCACAGGAAGCCGGAGCUACAUAUGACGUCGCUACAGUCAAUUUGACCACUACGAACCUCACGAGACGCGAUGUCGCCAUGCUGCCAGCAGCCGGCUACCUCGUCAUCGGUUUCCGCCUCGACAACCCUGAUGUCUGGCUGAUGCACUGUCACAUUGGUUGGCACGCGUCAGAAGGGUUUGCUCUGCAGAUCAUUGAGCGCAGUUCCGAAAUCGAGGCUACCGUCGACAGGCAGAAGUUGUCGGAUCAAUGCAGUACAUGGGACAACUAUGUCUCCUCCAGCAACAUUGAGCAAGAAGACCCCGGUAUAUAGAACGAAGCGUGCCGCUCGUAUUUGGCGAUAUAUGCGCGAGUAGAUUGACCAUGUAGUCGGCAUGCAGGUAAUAUGCCACAGAGGGAAAGAAUCCCGGCCUCGACUAAACCAAAACACGCAUUGGGCACACAUAGAUACAUUUACAUCAUAGCAAACAGCUG